GGCGUUGCUCGGGGUAACCGCGUCCCGACACCGGCGCCUGAAUGGAGGACCUGAACGAUGUGGGAGAAACCUCAAGCCCAUAUUUUUUGAUAGAACGUUAUAUAGAUUUGUGUACAGAGCUGAAACUGUUGCCAAACCCAUAUAUUGUGGAUGUCCUUGAGCAGAUCUUCCAGUUAUCACCACAGAAAGCCUAUGCCGGUUUUAGGCUGUAUCUGGCUGGAAAUUACAGAUAUUUUCCAGUAAAACGUUUGACAGAUUCUGAUGCUGUUGCAUUAGUUUGUACUCUGUGCAAAGUAUCAUUUAUCACAGGUCUUGACCUAAGAUACAAUAGACUAACAAAUUGUGGAGCAGAACAUAUCGCAAAACUCCUGCUGGGAACUCAAUCACUCGAAUACCUUAAUCUAAUGUGUAAUGAGAUUGGUGUCAAUGGAGCAGAGUGGCUGGCAAAAGCAUUGCAACAGAAUCACACACUGAAAUAUUUGAGGAUGAAUGGCAAUAAAUUUGGGAAUAAAGGUGGGAUGUAUUUUGCCACAAUGCUGCAGAUUAACUGCACUCUAGAAGACUUGGACCUUGGAGACUGUGAUCUGGGAACAGAAAGUCUAAUUGCACUAACAACUGUGCUAAAUAAAAACCGAAAUCUCAAAUCACUGAAUGUCAGCCGACCUCUGCUUCAUAGCUUACAGGAAAAGGUAACUGCGCAUGUAGCUCUCAUGCUGUCAAUUAAUCAAACUCUUCAAGAACUGCACCUCGGGAAACAAGGGUUGAACAAUUUUGACGUAGACCAACUUUGUGAAGCAUUGCUUAGAAAUCAAACCCUUCGAUACCUUGAUCUUCGCUGUAACCAGAUAUCGCGUGAUGGUGCUCGGAGCCUCGCAGAGCUACUCAAACACGACACUCCUCUGCAGAUUCUGGAUCUAACUGCAAACAGGAUUGAGGAUGAAGGAUUGGUGUAUAUCAGUGAGUCUUUACUCUACUUGAACCACAAUCUGAAAGCGUUGGCUGUGGUCAGUAAUUCCAUCACUGGGAUUGGUUUGGUUGCAUUUGCAAACGCCUUAAAGGCCAACAGAUCUCUAACUCACUUUUAUUUCUGGGGCAAUGAAAUGGACGAAACCGCCUGUAAAGUAUUUGCGAAUCUGAUUAAAGUUGGCCGUUUGAAACCCAAUCGAACUGAUGUUCAACCGUACUGGAUCAAUGGGCGUGUUUAUCUAGCUGAAGUCUCCCAUGGACUGCGGAAGCAUUAUUACUGGACGCCAAUAAGCGGAGAGGAUGAGGAGCCAGCUGCUAAUGCUGGUCCUGCGCUGCUCAAGGCGGCGCCUGCUGCCUUGCCUAAUGGGCAGCAGAUGUAGAACUUCAGAAUGGAUCAAUCAGCAGCUAAUCAGAUAAAUAAUUAUUCCAAAUGUAGCAAGUGAGAUAUUUUAUUUACGUGCAAUUUUUUAAAAAUAUCUUUAGUGCGUGUUAACGUUUCACAUAGAUUAAACUUGUUUAUUUUCUUGUUAAUUAUCAAAAACUAAUAGCUAUGGGAAGAAGUGUACAUUUUU